GUAACGUGACAUUAGGUGAGUGGAAGUGGCGAUCCAUAGUAUCUUCCACUUAUUUAUUUGCUUCCCUUAGCUUUCUUGUUUCUUCAAUUCUCCGGUGCGGUAAGGUAGUGAGCAUGGACGGCGGUGACAAGGCGGCGUUUUGCAAGUGCGACGAUGGGUGGACUUGCACCAUAACUAAGACCACCGAUCCUUCCAAGUCCGGCAAGGCUUUCUCUAACUGCUCUGGUCCUUGCUCCUGCUCCAUCAAGCCGACUGAGGCGCUGAGCGAGGAAGAGUUAAAGCAGGCGAGGGAGGGGUCGCCGCCGGCGAACUCGAAGGUGUUCUGCGUGUGCCCGGAAGGGUGGUCGUGUGUGGUUUCCAAGACUGAUGGCCCGGAAGCCGGCAAGAUUCAGUUCGAGUGCGGCGAAGGUUGUGCAUGUGUCGUCGGAGAAAAUGACACUGUCAAAAUUGCUUCUGUCUGACCAACUGAGUUGAGGCCUAUUAUUGUUUUGCUUAGCAAUCUUUAAGGUGUGUUGGGUUUGUAUCUCUUUCCUGCCAUUGUUAUGUGCCAAAAAUAUUGUAAAAGAAGAAUAAUAAGAAGAGCACUCAGCCUAGCUAGUUGUUAGUUCAUAGUUGUCUCAAGCUAAGACAAGGGAGACUAAUUUGAAAUCUAGUUACAACUAUCCAAUCAACUUGGUAGAGAUUGCUCGAUUAUGUGUAAUGUUUAUUAUGUUAUAUAUGCUGGUUUGUUCUAUAAAAAUCAGUUAAAUUUGUCAAAAA